GUCAAUCAUAUAUUGCGAAUUUAAAGGCCUGGUGCCUUUUUCUGUGUUUGAACUGGUGAACCUCAUUUAUUUACUCCCUAGUUUUUAUGUCUCACAUUUUCCAUAUGUUAGUCGUGGGAUCACAGAAAACAGGUCAAUACUGUGAGAAGUUUGUCCUUAGAAUGCAUUGCACUUCUGCUCUCAAACACCCUGACACUUAGAAAGCAUUCAAGACAGGCUUGUGCUGGCCACAGAGGUUUAUUCCCUUCUCUUUCUUCUCACUUUUAUUCCUGAAAACCUCAAUACCAGGAACGGAGUCUUCCUGCUUCACUGUCACUAAAAUGCUCUUGAAGACUUGAGCACCAUGGGUACUGAUUACAUUACUGAGGGAACCCAUCACAAAUCCUUUUGCUUCUAGCUGGGAUUUGCACUGUGGAAGGCGUGAGUAGGGCUUGCUCCAACUUGGGGUGUUCCUUAACUGUUUUGGCGAUAUCAGAAGCAGCCUGUGUGGUAACUGAUGGGUUAAAGUUAAUGCACAAGCCUCUGAUGUGUGCACAACCACUCAUAGCUAUGCAAAGUCUUCCAGUGCUAAUCUCAAUAGCCUGUUUGUAGGUUCUGUCCCUUAAGUAAAAUGCUAUGUAAGUUCUUCUUCACAUUGUAUCAAGAGACAGAGAUAUCCAUCCGUAGUACCUACUCUAUCACAUUGCUACCAUGGCAAGGGGAUCCUAGUCUCUAUUUGUUCGCUAGAGUUUUUGAGGUGAGUCACCACAUGUGGUGUUUUAUUUGCUCUAAUUUCUCUAGUGAGAGGUUUCUAACACACACAAUGUGUGUGUGUGUGUGUGUGUGUGUGUGUGUGUGUGUAUGUGUGUUCCAGAUUGCUAGGAUGACAGAAUGGCUGUCUGGAUGACAAGAUGGCAGGAGAUGCGAUUUGAUGUUCCCCAUUUUCUUUUUUCUGUCUCAGAGCAGGAGUACCAUCGGCAGACCUGACGACAUAACUCUCCCACCUCAAGAGAGGUUCCAGAUUUUAAGUUUUUUGGGGCAAAACAUUGAGAUCAGUAAAAAACUGCCCCUGCUCUCAUAUGUCCACCUGAAGAAGGACAUCCUACAAAUGGCAGAGGACUAUGAGAAACAGGGGCUCAUACAAGAAGCAUUUAUAACGCAUCACAAAUUUUUAACACUAUUUGUGGAGAAACUAAGAAAAGGCCCAGAAUAUAACACCAUCCUUUCACGAAGACAAAAAUCAAAAAUCAAAAAGUGUAUAAAUAAGGUAUUUGAAAAAGCUGAGACCCUGAAGAUCAAAAUACUAGAACGCUAUGGCAGGGAAUAUGAAGAGUACCUGGCAGAUAAGAAAAAAAGUCAAGAAGUGGAAAAGAACAAGGCCUUCUUGGAGGAUAUCAGAAGUAUCCUUAAACACUCCACAGAAUUAACCAAUCAGAGUUCUCCUCAGACAGCAGUGGUGUGUGACUCACAGGGAGCUUUUACAGAGAUGGUCUGCACCACAUCAAAGUCUGGACCUCCUUGUGCAGAUACUAAGGAGGAGAAAAGCCCCAUUCAGAACACCAAAGGCCUCCUUCCUGUGGUACUUCCCAAGGACCUGUGUCAAAACUUCCUCCGUUCAGCAUGGGAGAACACCAAAAGAAAGAGAGAAACAUGUGGAGUGCUAUGCGGCAAACUGGUAAAUGACAAGUACAUCAUUUCCCAUAUCAUUAUUCCCAUGCAAAAUGGAGGACCUGACUAUUGCCAAGCCGAGAACGAAGAAGAAAUUUUAUUCCUAGAAGAAGAACUUGGUCUUAUAACGCUAGGUUGGAUCCAUACUCAUCCCACCCAGCCAGCCUUCUUGUCAAGUGUGGACGUACACACACACUUUUGUUACCAACAGAUGCUGCCAGAAUCAAUUGCAGUGGUGUGCUCACCCAAAUACAAACAAACUGGAAUUUUCAACCUGACACCUUGUGGAUUGGAAGAAGUAUCACUCUGCCCUCGGAGGGGGUUCCAUUCCCAUAGACAUGACUCAGUCCUAUUCUGUGAUUGCAGUCACGUAAUCAUCCAAAAAAGCAGUGUGACCAUCACGGACUUGCGAUGAGCUAAAUCCAACACAUGUACAUCAGUGGGAACAUGCGCGCAUGUGUGUGUGUGUGUGUGUGUGUAUGUGUGUGUAUAUAU